AUGAGACGGGCUCUCUUAAGAACACCUUGGUUCCAGAAACUGUGCAAAGACGAACAACAAAAUACAUUCACUUCUACGGCAACCCCGUCACCUAUCCCACCGCUUUUGUUCGAUGGAGACGAAGAUACAGCCUUCUCAACAAGGUCGUCUAUAACCUCCUCAAUGAGUUCUGCCUCAUCAAGGUUGCGGUACACAGCACCUCAUGGGGCCCUCAAAAGAGUGAUACACUCUACCUAUGGAGAUUUACUCCAGGAGACAAGCGUCAAUCCACCAAAGCUGGUAAUGGUCCCGAGUGCUAAUAUCGCCAGCGCACAGGCGCUGUUCCAUGUUCGGCACUUUCAACAAGAAACUAUGGACUUCGAAAAAUUCAAGUACGAAGUGCUCCGGACCCCAGAGCUGCGAAACGCACGAUGGCAAGUCGAGUCUCAUUUCCAGGAUGUACAACGGCUAUACGAGAAGCUGCCACACCACAGCAACUCAAUCCCUUACAUGGAAGAAUUCUGCCACUCAGUAGACACCUAUGACACUGGCAUGGUCUUUGCUUGCGUCCCGUUCUACGAUUUGCGUCCGCAUGGCCAUCAGACCGAAGCCAGGCUGAAACUCUCCCCAAUACUCUCAAGGCUCUGGCCCGGUGGUCCCCCCGAUACUCCAAGUAACAAGCACUCCAGCAUCGGUCAUCCCGCCCGUACGCUKUUCCAAUCACUCAAUCCGAGGAACAACAGUCGACGAGAUCUGAAACAAGUUGCAUGUCAGAUGCUCCCACACCGAGACCAGCGAUAUUUGUAUCUCUCACAGGUCUGGUUUCUUGUGAUCAAUCAUGAUCUGAUCAUCACUUGCUCCACGCUCGCUGAAAACGAACUCUACGGCGACAUGCUCCAGAAACCGGCAACAACAAAUGAGCGACCACCAAAGCACAAAGUCUUGAGCAUUCGCCUAAAAACUCACGACAAAAACACAUGGCUGCUGGAGCAAGACGAUUGUUCCACAUAUUUGGACCUUGCGGCCCAUUUCUCCAGCUAUACCACCAACUUCGCCGACGAUUUCGCUAUCCUUGAGGAUGGUGCUGAAGUUUUCCCACAUCAAUGGCCCGACGUAGUGGAAAGAUCCAAGACGUGCCCUCUGUACCUCGUAAUGAAGAAAAGGGAGCACGGCACUGAUAUGAUCAGUCAAGAAGCACCGGCGACAGCUGCACUUUACGCGGCGCUAGGUGAAAGGUGUUUCAUCAAACACACCCACACCCGCAGUUCUGGUGACGAGAGUGGUGACACUGCGAGUAUCGAUCCCGAGCAAACUAGCUCCACGACUGGCGAGCUAACAGAGCCUACGGUCGUUGACAAUGUGAGCAUCCAGGGGAUGCAAGAGUCAUCUGGUAGGCUAAAAGACGGGAUGGAGCCAACAUCAACGCGCAACCAUGUUAAGGAGGCAAGAAGCGCAGAUGAUAAGGAUGGCCGUGAGACCCACGUUGCGACUCCCUCGGCCUUGACCCGCAAACAUAUCCAAGCCUCAACUCGUGAAGCCCUCUUCAUCAAACCGCAUUUACAGGCACGGGCGAAGCCUGGCCCGGUCAAGACGGGGGAGCCCGCCAAGCGGCUUUCCGUCGAUAUGUCUAUGCCUUCUUUGGCGAGUCUUUUCGACGAAUACCUACUUUACGAGUCUCUCAAAGGCCUCACGACCUCGGAAUACAACGAUGUCCUAUCAGAAUGGUGCAAUAGUGGCGCUACCACACGAUCUGGAAUCCCUUUAAACUUCGCGGAAACUGGCGAGAUUUUCGACGUUUUCGAAGCCUUGGGCUGUCAAUUUGUCGUCGGACGCCAUGGUGGCACUGGCGAAGAAGAGAUACAAACUAUUCAACUGGACGGCUGGCUAUAUGCUGACCUUCUGAGCGGUCUGAGGGGUCUCCUGAAUAUCUACCUGCCGAGCUCCGCCGACGACGAACUGGAGGCAGAGCAUGAAAAGCUAUUGACAGCAGUCAUCAUGCUAGUCAAAGCACUCGAUAAGACCAUGGCUUCUGCGGAACAUGCAAAUUGCGCUUUCGCCAUCCGGAAGUUGAGACAGGCUUUCAGGCGGUUAUUCAGCUGCGCACGGGAGUUUGAGCUCUACUCCGUCAACAGCGGUACUCUCGGUCGCGUGCAGGGGCGUACUUCCCAGGGACUUCGGAAUACACUCAAGCAUGUUGUCUCUGCACUUGUAUUGGCGGCCCGAGCGAUCACAGACUUGAAUGACCUUUUGCCAGCCGUGAAGAGCGAGAUCGCACGAAGAAAGAACUCUGUGGCCGAAAGAGUCACGCACGACGAGGAGGCUUAUGCAUACGCCGAAGUCAAAAGAUGUUGCGGUAUUAUGACUGACUUCAUGUGGACAUGUAAACGACCAGAAGAUGAUGCUUCAGCACAUCAGCAACAGACAGACAUGCUUCGCAAGAAGUUCGACGAAUGUGCAGAACGACUGACGAGACUGGGCUGGGAGCACGCUGCUGCCCGCAACGUACUCUAUAACCAGUAUGGAUGGAGCAAAGUCGAACACCAUGCAGACUCCGCAUGGACGCAGCUAGUCAGUGGUUUCGAAGCUCUUUUGAACGCCAACUCGAGAGCCCAGAUACAAUGGAAAGCUGCAGCUUUUCCAAUAGAUCUCAUGGCGCUUGUCCUGCCACAAAUCCUUUGGAGACCAGUCCUUGGUGAUCAGGACGCUCUGGAUAUGUAUAACCAAUACGUCACCGACCUUGAGUCGAACAUAUUGACCGGGGAUCCAAGUCGAGAGCCUCUCGACCGCAUAAGAAAUCUGCGCCAUGAAUUAAACGCGUUCUCUCUCCUACAAACGCAGCAGAUCGAUGUACUGGAGAAGCUUGUUGACAUUGUAUGGCCUGCAGAGGACGAGACAAAUCCGGACGAGCAUGAUGUUCUCUCGCCACAUCCACGACUAGCCGUAUUCAAAGCCCUUCCGGAAAGUAUGAAGCUCCAGAACAGCAAUAUACAGCAGCUCCACGGGAUGCUGAACCAGCUUCAGACCGAGGCAACAGCGCAAGUCUCCAACGUGCAGGAUUGGAGGGACAAUGCCACGGUCGUCUUCACCAUCAUCACCAUCAUCUUCCUCCCUUUAUCCUUCGUCUCCAGCGUCUUUGGCAUGAAUACUUCCGACGUCCGCAAUAUGCAACUCAACCAGUGGGUCUUCUGGGCCUCGGCCGCGCCUUUCACUUUAAUGGUGAUUCUCAUAACGGUGUAUUUCGUCGACGUCCCUCCACUGUGGAGAUGGCUGGAACGGACUGGCAAUGGUGAUACAUCUACAGGAUCGACUCACCAAGACGCCAUUCGUGCAUCGACGGGAAACAAUCGGACUGGUUUUCUGGCGAGCGUGGCUAGGCAGCAGCAGCAAGCGAUUGCUUUGCAUGCGAAGGCAGAGUUCUUUGUGGUGGAGGAGAAGGAUGGGGACGCUCUAUCGACGGGUUCUUCGGAAGCCUGA